AUGAAAGGGAAAAUUCAUUUUCUAUGGCUUUACAGACAUGAUAUUGAUAUUGAUAUUCAUCCAGACGUUUUAUUUGAUGUUAAAAUUGCAUUUAUGUUCGUUGAAUCAUUGCAGAAAACACAUUUCGUUUACAUCACCCGAACAAUGCAAUGUGUUUUAAUAAUGCUUCGAUAUGAGUGGCUUUCGGCAACAUUCGAGGCAUUAAUAACGUACCAUUUAGUUUUCGGAGGGUUUGUAGUGAUGUUGAUUCUAGUUUAG